AUGCUGAAACUACUCACAUUUCUUUUAUAUAUAACUCUGGUAUCGAGUAUAUGUGGUCCAGAACAAACCAAUAUCAAUGAAGGUAGACGAUUAUGCUGUUACUAUGAUUCACUAAAAAUUCCAACAAUUGGCAUUGGUUUCAACUUACGACGUGGAGAUGCCAACACUGUCCUGUCGAAAUACAAUUUAAAACUUUCAAAUGUUUUACAUGAUUGUCAAAGAAAUACAAGUAAAAAUUGUCUGACUGACAGUCAAGUUGAUGAGAUCUUUUACAAUAUAUCAUAUCCUGAAGCCGCAUCAUGUGUUGAUCAAUAUGUCCCUAAUUUACCUCCCAUUAAACGAGCAGCUAUUAUUGAUGUAGCUUUUGCUGGUUGUCGAACACUGAAUAAAUUCGUUAAGAUGAAAAAAGCUUUACAAAAACAAGAUUGGACAACAGCUGCAAAUGAAUUAAAAGCAUCAAAAUGGUGUGUGCAAGUGAAAGACAACCGAUGCGAUUCAGAUUACGAUUGUAUUAGAUAUCUUUGA